AUGCUGUCCACCUUGAUGCGACCCUUCAAGGGUGCUGCGCGCAACCCAGACGACGGCGAUCUACUUGAGAGAAACUCGGAACCGCUACGACGUCCUGCUUCUGUCCGGAGUUAUACCCAACAUCGACACGCGACCGCCGACUUCACCGAGGCCGACGAUGACGACGAGUCCGACGAUGCGAGGCAACCACGCCGGAACGCUUCCAACCGAGGCAAUGAGGAUGAAGAUGGUCUGAAUCAGGCAAUUGGUGUCCUGCCGCUCUUCUCUGCUGGGCACCUUGACUCUCUCCCAAUUUAUAGCAUGACGCAUGCUAUCCGCAUCAUUGUUCAAGCAAGAACCGAUACGACCUUGACUUGGGAGCAGUUGAGGUCUCCCCAGGUAUUCCAGUUUCUGGUCAAGCCAAUGCAACAACAGAUCCGAUCCCAGCAUUUCUCAAGGGGAACUCUAUAUGCCCUCAUGGCAAAUUGUCUCCAGUUCGAAAAGGAGUCUCAGAUAUAUCCGGCAAACACCGGCAGCAGCAGCACACGAGCCAAGGUCUGUGAGUUGCUAGCCAUCAAGCUACUCAAGGAAUACUCGACUCGCGAACUUAUCGAUGCCCUUUCCUACGACUUCUAUCCUCUGCAGGGCGUCUCGGGAAUGCACACGCCGGCCAAUUCGAAUAACAGAGAGAAGCCGGCCGCCAUGAGAACAUCAACCCUCGAAGUCGCCAUACGAGCCUCGGCAAAACAUUUUCUGUCCCAUCCUUUGGUCGUACAACAACUCGAGGCCAUCUGGAAUGGUGCCAUCAGCUUUUACUCUGCCGCAGAUCAGCUACAUCGUCGCACAUCGAUAGCUACCGACCUAUCUUCAACCCAGUCUCGUCGCCAAAGUACGGUACGAACACCGCUCCUUGGUAGUCAGCAAGGCAAGGAGGAUCGUCUAGGGGGCCAAUCAUGGCCGCUGGGACGAAGAUCUGUCGCGCUGUACGACCCUCGUCAAGCCUCGGUUUUCAAGCUUUCGCGGCUGAGGGUCCCGCGCUAUCGCCAGUUCCUAUCUACCUGCUCACUUGGUGUUCUUCUUUGCCUGUUCUUGGCCGUUCUCAAUGAGAGAUCCAGCACAAUCACCACACUGGAGUUGAUCUUCUGGUUCUGGAGUGCUGGGUUUAUGCUCGAUGAGAUUGUCGGCUUCAACGAGAACGGAUUCUCGCUCUACAUCAUGAGCUUCUGGAACAUUUUCGACUUGGGCAUAUUGUUGCUGUUGAUCAUCUACUACUGUAUGCGCAUCUACGGCGUAUUUCUUCUCGAUCCGCACAAGUUGAACGACAAUGCCUAUGAUGUCCUCGCUGCAAUCGCCAUCCUUUUGCUCCCCAGGAUCUUCAGUAUCCUGGACCAUUACCAGUACUUUUCACAGUUGCUGAUAGCAUUUAGGCUCAUGGCUGUUGAUCUAUUUGCGGUUUUCGUUUUGGUCGUUGUAGUCUGCUGCGGCUUCUCGGUAUUCUUUAUCUCCAAGAGCACGGACGAUCCGAGUGUAGUGGCUUACAGCAUGUUCCAGAUGCUCGUGGGUUAUAGUCCGGCCGCCUGGGAAGUAUGGCCGGAUCAUAACUGGAUGGGGAAGACGUUACUUGGCUUGUUUCUCAUCAUCUGCCACUUUGUGAUUGUGACCCUGCUUGUGACUGUGCUAACAACCUCGUUCAUGGCUAUUGCAUCAAACGCAAAGCAGGAGCACCAGUUUCUCUUUGCUAUCAACACGAUCUCCAUGGUGAAAAACGACUCACUCUUUUCAUACGUCGCGCCAGUCAACAUUCUCGCAUGGGCACUGACCCCGCUAAGAUUUUUCAUGCCCAUGAGGCAGUUUGUUUGGCUCAAUCGCACCGUCAUCAAAGCGACUCACUUCCCCUUGUUGCUCAUCAUUUUUAUCUAUGAAAGGUUUAUUUUGGCCCCCUCUAUGUACGAGCCGACGGACUUGGUGGAAUAUCCAGGCCGCGGCCGCCACAGAGCGGUUUCCAUUGUAGACCCCGCAAGCAGGACAGCGCUCUUUAGCCCGAGCCUUCGAAUUCGUGAAGAAUCGUUGGUGGGUUACCAGAAGGAUCGUGCCUUGGAAGAGGUGUUCCGACGUGCUCCUGAUUUUGCAACCAUACGGACUCAACGACGGAACGAGCGUAGGAAGAACCAAAAUGCCAUCCGAUCGUGGAUGGACCAACAAGAUGGGACGUUUGCGUCUCCUCACAACUACGGUACCGUUGACAAUAGACCGGCACAGGAUUGGCAGAGGAGACUGAGCAUGGUGAGGGAGCGACCAAAGAGGUUUUCAGGACAUUAUCCAGACACGAGAUCAGCAGCAAGCGAUCCGGCUGAUAUGGUAUCUAAUGCGACCUUUCCGGCGGCCCCUGAAUAUUUCAACAACGGCACUGCUCGACGGGAUUUUGCGAACGAGGUGAAAGAGAACACCGAUGCGGAAAACGGUGACGAUGAGCUUGUUACAAAUGAUGAGUAUGAGGAGGACAAUGCAACUCACGACACCGAGCAGGUACGAAACUAUAUGGAUCAAGACCAGUCGACCGAGACAGAAGAGGACUACUUCACGACUUCGGUUCCGUCGCGCUUCAAUUCCGGACUCACAUCAGUGCAGAGAACGCCGAUUUCCCCCCGUCCCGGAACGUGGCGACGACUACCCAUGCACAACCGUACCAUGUCGAACAACACGAUGAUCUUUGCUCCUGCGCAGGACCGGCCCCUCGAGAGUUCUUCUUCCGCAUCGAUGGACCCGUCGUUACCAUCUCGGUCUCGUCCCCACAGCACUCGGCAUGCCAUACCCGAAGGGUCGGUAGCUAGUCCAGGCGCAGGUCUUCGCUCUCCGCGUCGCUCCUUAUACUUGGCAUCCUCCCGUCCACAGAGCAUGGUGAUGUCGCCACGAGCCAUGACCCGAACCGCGCCGAAUAUUAGCUCGGCUUUGGCAUUGGAAAUCCCAGAUAGCGGUAGUGGAAACCGUGACAGCCCGUCAUCCCGACGAAAGUCAUCAGCCGAGCUGCCCACCUCCGCUGAAUUUGACCCAUCCGCCCUGGCAGCUGGUUCUGAAGCGGGCAAUGGCGUGAUUUCCAAUUUCACUAAGCUGGCCACGGCCAUGCUCGAGAAGAGCUCCCAGCAAGAGCAGGAUAGCAACCGGAUGAACAAGCUGAUGUUGGCAAAGAUCAAGAACCUGCAGGAUAGUCUUGGCGACGUGGUGCGCGAGAUGCGAGUCUUGAGGAGCACGGCACCCAACACGGCUGGAAAUUCCGCAGACGAAGGGGCAAGUACCGGUAGCUACUUGGCCAAGAAAGCGAUACAACAGCAACAGCAGCAGUACAGCACCCCAGCAAGGCGGGGGUCAGGAGAAGAGAGAAGGUCGUCCAGAUUGUCCAGCUCGGCUAGUUCGGCUGGCUCAACAAACAGGGAUAUGGCGAAUCGGGGGUUACGAAGAUCAGUCAGGAGGUUGGAGACUGCUACGAGAAUGCCGACUUUGAGUGGGCAAGACACAGUCAGGAGGAGGAAUUCGAGAGAAGAAAACGAGGAAGAUACCAGCAACUAUUCGAGAAGCGAGAUAUUCGAGCCGAGGCAUGAUCGGAGGAGUAAAGGAAAGGGAAAAGCUGUUAUUGGAGCAGCAGCAGCUUCGAUGUCAGAUGCGGAGGAGGACGAAGAUCGUCGCGGUCAUCAGGUUGGUGGUGGUAGUUCACUGGAUGAGCGCCAUCAUAACCAGGCAGAGUUUAUCAGGAGCGGAAAUUUUCUCUGA